GACUAAAUCUUACGCCUGGUCAAAGGUAGGUGUAAAGUGAGAAGUCUUGACUUGUUUCCAUGGUGAAAAUAAAGAUAAAUAAAAAUGUUGAGAUGAUGGCGCGUCUGGUAUACAGGCUACAUAAUCAGCGGGUUUUCCGGUGUAAAAGAGUAAUGAGAGACCGGACCAAUCCGCUAGAUGCUAGAUGUAUAGAGACAGAAAGGUUUAUUUUCAGCAGGUUGCAUAUACUUUCCGAAUAGCUCAAUAAUUUUUCUUGUUUCACAAUCUGAGUAAUCUUUUUUUUCGGCUCAGCAAUCAUUUUUUAUCUAUUUGUUGGAGCCAAUAAAUUCAAAUUGAUAACCAUAGUAACGAGAACAGCGUCUCAACUAACAGUGCUUUAGAACAUGUCGGUGUGUACGCGCAUCGUCUACGCUAAGCGUACCUGCGCCUAGUCGUAGUUUUAGAUGGUGCAACAGGUGUAAAUAUUCAUCAGAAAGCUGGACGUAACUAAGUCCAGCGUAGAGCUUACACCCAACUUUUUUAUGUCCAGCUGGUGCAACCAACCCCUGAUGCUCUGACAACUCUGAGAAAAGAUGAAAACAAGGAUUGAGUCUAAUCAUCAUGAGUUCAAUCCAGAUCACUCAGAAAUAUAUUAGGAAUGAAAGAAGGAAAACUGUAAGCUGAACUCUGAAAUCAGUCCAGAUGAAUCACAUCAUUACUGUAAAUGUCAGAAUUGCUGGAGUUUCUUUGUUCAGUGGUUCAUGCUGCUCGUCCUGAUCUAGAAAGUAUCCUGACAUGAUAAACCAUGUUUUUCUACAUGAACUGUGGUAAUACCAUGCUCUGAAUUCAUCAUGUAGUGUUGUGGAGAAUAAUGUCAGUGUUUUCUUCCUAUAUCUGUCAUGUGAUCGUCCCGCUGCUGCUCUCAGUGCUGUAAUGAACACAAAUAAUUCAAUAUAUUAAUAUACUUCACUUUCAUCAGAGCAGAGAGAGUCAAUGAUGAAGUGUUUCAAUAGAGGACGUCAAACACUCUCAUGAGCUUCUGCAUCGAGCAGCACAUUCAUAGACGAGCGACCUAUGCAAGUUAUAGAUGACCUUUCAUCUUCCUGAAAGAUGAGCCAAUCUAUCUCGAUUAUGACCUGACAAACACAGCAAACCUCCUGUUGAAGUAACUAAGAUAUAUGUGACACUAUUAUAAAGAUGGAGUUUAUUAAAGAGGAGAGUGAAGACAUGAGGAUUGAAGCAACAUUCACAGUGAAACAAGAAGAAACUGAGGAACAAACAGACCUGAUGGCACUGAAAGAGGAGAAUGAAGCACUAAAUGAAAUGGAAGAGAGAGAUCAAUUUAACAAUCAUCAUGAUUUCAUUACUGGAGAAAAAUCUUUUAGUCGCUCACAGAUUGAAAACACUUCCUCAAGAAAAACAGCUCAAAAGGCUGGUACUAGAACUCAUUUUAUCUGCCAACAGUGUGGAAAGAGUUUCAGUACAACAGGAAACCUUGAAUUCCACAUGAAGUUUCACAGUAGAGAGAAGCAUUACACCUGCUCUCAGUGUGGAAAGAGUUUCAAUCAUGAAGAACACUUUCAAGGCCACAUAAGAAUUCACAUUAUAGAGACGUCACUCACCUGUCAACAGUGUGGAAAAAGUUUCACACGAAAAAGGAACCGUGACAGGCAUAUGAACAUUCACUCUGGAGAGAACUCCUACACAUGCCUUGAGUGUGGAAAAAGUUUCAAACGUAAAGAACACUUUGAAAACCACAAAAGAAUUCACACUGGAGAGAAGCCAUUUGCCUGCCAACAGUGUGGAAAAAGUUUCAGACUAAAAAAGGACCUUGACAGGCACAUGAAUAUUCACACAGGGGAGAACCCCUACACAUGCCUUCAGUGUGGAAAAAGUUUCAGACAAAAAAGGAACCAUGCCAGGCACAUGAUUAUUCACUCUGGAGAGAACCCCUACAAAUGCCUUCAGUGUGGAAAGAGUUUCCAACAGAAAGGACACUUUGAAGACCAUAAAAGAAUUCACACUAGAGUUAAACCAUUCCUCUGACAACAGUGUUGAAAGAGUUUCAAUAUGAAAGGAAACCUUAAAUUUCACAUAAGACUUCACUCCUGGGAAAAAAACCCUACACGUGCCCUCAGUGUGGAAAUUGUUGCAAUCAGAUAGGACUAGGGUUGGGAACUGAAAACCGGCUCUCAUCUGGAACCAGUAUUGUUUUAAGCCUGUGUGCACUGAUGCACAAGAUGUCUGUGAUAGCAUAAAAUAAUAGCUUAGCACAUUUAACUGUGUAAUGCAUUCAGGUGACACAUCAGAUGAUUUUUAUAAGUCAAACAUACAACAGAACAGCAGUUUGAGUAGCCACAGAGACAUUGCACAACUUCAAUGUUUUCAUCCUCACUAAUUUUGCACUCAAAUUGAAAUUGAAAAAGCUUAAGUUUUUGGGUAUUAAGAUUUGUAUGCCUUAUAAGAUUACCAUUGCCCCAAAGUAAACAGAUGAAGAAGA